AUGACGUACAACCCACGAAUGAGCAUAAUCCCGACCAACCAGCAGCAGUCAAGGUCGCGCAAGAAAGACGACGACACGCAUUUUCGUCUACCUGAUCACGAGAUCGUGGGCUGCAUCACCGAGCUCGGAAUCCCCUUCUCCAUCGCCGAUCUCCAAAAACCGAGCGCAGCCCAUGUCCAGCAGAUUUUCGAGUGGUUCGCCGAGCUGCUCCUCAAUGCGACGCGCGAGACCGUCGAGCCCCCGAUGCGGGCUGCCGCUGAGGAUAUCUGCGGCGAGUUCGCGGAUGUGAUCUCGCCGGAUACCCGGAACCUCAUGGGGUUUUAUGUGGCCUUGAGAAGGGUGAUGCUGGAGUGCGGCAUCAACGACUUCACUUUCAACGAUCUCUAUAAGCCGACGUACCAGCGGGUGGCCAAGAUCUUCAGCUUUCUCAUUAAUUUCGUUCGCUUCCGCGAGUCGCAAACCGAUGUUAUUGAUGAGUACUACAACAAAGCCGAGAGUGUCAAAAACCGCAUCGAGACGCUCUACACCGAAAACCAAGAGAAUGAAGUCCGGCUUGAGGAUCUCCGACACAACCGAAAGGUGAUGGAGGCGCAGGUCCGGGAGAAGACGGCGAGGAAUGAGGAGCUGAAGAAGCAGCUCCUCGAGCUCCAGAGGUACCUAGGCAAGGUGACCGAGCGCCUGAACGACGCAAAGGACAAGAAGGGCGCGCUGACGGCAUCGCUGGAACGGGGGACGCAGGAGAAGCUGACACUGAAGCAAGAAGCUAACAAACUGCGGCCGUAUAUGCUUCAGAGCCCCUCGGGUCUGCAGGACAGUUUGGCCGACCUCCGUGAGAUGCUCAACAACGACAAGUCUCACCUCGACUCUCUUGACCGGAGAGCUCGAGCGCUGCAGACGUCUACGGACUCUUUUACUGUAGUGGCGGGAGAUGUAUCGGCCUGUAUCAAAAUUCUGGAGGAGAUUGCAUCCGAAUUGGCAAAGGAGGAAGAAGAAAUGGCAAGAAACGCGAGGCAGCGAGAUGCUCUUUCUGAGAGGGGUAACAACGCAAGGGAAGUUGAGAGAGCCGAGGGAUUGCUGAAGCGCCAGCUUGCUAAAUGGAACGAGCGCACGGAGCGCCUGCGCGAGCAAAGCAACCAGAAGGCACAAGAGGCCAAGGAGAAGAUGGAUGAGCUGAGAGCUCAGUAUAAGAAGCUCACGGAGGAGCAUGCUGAAAAGGGCAAAGAAAUCGAUAUCCGACGAGUUCGGAUUGAGCAAACAGAAAAGAAGAUGCUUGAUCUCAAAGAGAACAUUGAAAAUGAGGUUCACGCCGCCCAAGACGAGUAUCAGAAGCUGGAGGCCCACGUCAAACUGUACAUCACAGAGAUGGAACAAAACAUUUCAUAA